AUGUAUUCAAUUUGGGGAAAGAAAUCAAAAGAAGCUGAAGCAGAGAAAAAGAAACCUAGGACAACAGCUGCUCAAAUACGUGUACAAAAAGACUUGGCAGAAUUAGACAUUCCAGAUACCAUUCAGUUAGACUUUCCUGAUCCUUCUCACAUUCUUAAAUUCAAUGUUUCUAUUCAUCCAGACGAAGGCUUCUAUAAAGGAGGCAUAUUCAAAUUUACUUUUGACAUUAGUAACAAUUACCCUCAUGAACCACCCAAGGUUCACUGCAUCCAAAAAAUUUACCAUCCCAACAUUGACUUGGAAGGAAACAUCUGUUUGAACAUCUUGCGUGAAGAUUGGAAACCUGUUCUCUCUCUACAAGCUGUUCUUGUCGGCUUACAGUAUUUAUUCCUUGAGCCUAACGCGGAUGAUCCGUUAAACAAAGUUGCCGCCGAAGUAUUGAAAACCAAUAGAAAAUCUUUUGAAAACAAUGUAAAGAAAGCCAUGACGGGUAGCUCAUUUGAUGGAGUGCAGUAUGAUUAUGUAUUGCAAUAA